AUCACUGAGGUGGAGCUUAGUCGACACAGACUGAAUUGCAUGGACGAAAGUGUGGAACCUUCUCCGUGGGAAAAUAUUUACAAGUUUACGUAACUUUGAAGGAAAACAAAUCAAGACAAGGAUACCUAUUACGUGGCGUCAUUUCAUGCGGGAUACUGCUUUAUUUUACAGCCUGUAACGCGGUUACGAGGGUCUUGAGCCCAUAUUGAUAUUUACAUAACUGUGCUGAUUCGGGCUCACAGUAGGCUAACGUCACGUCGGACUCCGUUGACUUCGGCUGGAAGACCACGCGCAUUGAGAUUGAAUAUAACUCAAAGCUGAAGUUGCUCUACAUGCGAGAUAUAAACAUGUACAUUAUUUUUGUUUUUUUCGGAUAAUUCUGAAAAACAAGUUAUACAACAGGGAAGCGUAAUUUGCGUUGCGCCCUGGUCCUAAAGCCAGUCGUGUAUCCGGCUGUUGCGCGGUUAUCCAGCUCGUGUCCCAAUGCUUCAACUGUGGUCGCGUUCCAAAUCACUAGACAUAAUGAUGGAAAGUGUUUUGUUAGAGCAAGGCUAAUUAUUCCCGGAGAUAUCCAGAAUAAUUUGUAGUUUUUCAUUUAUAACUUGGUGACUUUAUUACAAUAUUUGUCGUUUUUUACGCAUUUGAAAGGAGUUUCUUCUUUGGAGUGCAGUAGAGCAACGUGAAGGAGGUCUGAUACGUAUCACACCAGCACACUAAAAACGGUUAAAGGGACUUGAGUGGAGUAAUGGUGGUAAAUACGGUCCAUUGGUUCAGGAAGGGCUUGCGGCUCCACGAUAAUCCAUCACUAAGAGACUCCAUCCAGGGAGCGCACAAUGUCCGCUGUGUGUACAUCCUUGACCCCUGGUUCGCCGGUUCGUCCAACGUCGGGAUCAGCAGGUGGAGGUUUUUACUGCAGUGUUUGGAAGACUUGGAUGCCAGCCUCCGCAAACUAAACUCACGACUCUUCGUUAUCCGUGGCCAACCCACCGAUGUCUUCCCCAGGCUGUUUAAGGAGUGGAAUAUUACUCGUCUGUCCUACGAGUACGACUCGGAGCCAUUUGGAAAGGAGCGAGAUGCAGCCAUCAAGAAGUUGGCAAAUGAGGCAGGCGUGGAGGUGAUUGUUCGCAUCUCUCACACGCUCUACGAUCUGGACAAGAUCAUUGAGCUGAACGGAGGCCAGUCUCCGCUCACGUACAAGCGCUACCAGACCCUCAUCAGCAGGAUGGAGUCUGUGGAGAUCCCGGCAGAGACCAUCACAGCAGAAGUCAUGGGGGCAUGCACCACUCCUGUCUCGGAUGACCACGAUGAGAAGUUCGGGGUUCCUUCUUUGGAAGAACUUGGCUUUGACACAGAGGGCCUGUCCUCAGCCGUGUGGCCUGGAGGAGAAACAGAGGCCCUCACUCGUCUAGAGAGGCACCUGGAGAGGAAGGCUUGGGUGGCCAACUUUGAGCGUCCAAGAAUGAAUGCCAAUUCACUGCUAGCCAGUCCCACUGGCUUAAGUCCGUAUUUAAGAUUCGGCUGCCUCUCCUGUCGACUCUUCUACUUCAAACUCACAGACCUCUACAGAAAGGUCAAAAAGAACAGCUCACCUCCUCUGUCCCUUUAUGGCCAAUUACUGUGGCGCGAGUUCUUUUACACGGCCGCCACCAACAACCCACGCUUCGACAAGAUGGAAGGCAACCCCAUUUGUGUGCAGAUCCCGUGGGACAAAAACCCAGAGGCUUUAGCCAAGUGGGCUGAGGGCAGGACGGGUUUCCCCUGGAUCGAUGCCAUCAUGACCCAGCUGAGGCAAGAGGGCUGGAUCCACCAUCUGGCCCGACACGCAGUCGCCUGUUUCCUCACCCGUGGAGACCUGUGGAUCAGCUGGGAGGAGGGCAUGAAAGUCUUUGAGGAGCUGCUGCUGGAUGCAGACUGGAGUGUGAAUGCAGGAAGCUGGAUGUGGCUGUCCUGCAGCUCCUUCUUCCAGCAGUUCUUCCACUGCUACUGUCCCGUGAGCUUCGGCCGUCGACCCGACCCCAACGGAGACUACAUACGGCGAUAUUUGCCAGUGUUGAGGGGUUUCCCAGCCAAGUAUAUCUACGACCCCUGGAAUGCUCCUGAAAGCGUCCAGAAAGCAGCCAAAUGUAUGAUUGGUGUACACUACCCCAAACCCAUGGUGCAUCACGCAGAGGCAAGCCGCCUCAACAUAGAGCGUAUGAAACAGAUCUACCAGCAACUGUCCAGCUACCAUGGCCUGGGACUGCUGGCAACAGUGCCGUCCAACGCUAAUGGAAAUGGUGAGAAUUCCACAACCUUAAUGGGAUUCCAAACAGGAGAUAUGAACAAGGAAAUCGCUGCAUCCUCAGGCUAUCAGAUGCCACCCACCUCACAAGGUGAAUGGCACGGCAGGAUGGUUUACUCACAAGGAGACCACCAAACAACCAGCAGCAUGUCACUGCAAGGUUUUGCAAGCAACAGUAGUGGCACAAUGUGCUACAGGCAAGACUUAAGUCCUGCUGGACAGCCAGGACGAGGGCUGCACAGCACCAUCCUGACAUCUGGAAAACGACACAGCGAAGAGUCUGGUCCUGCCACAGGCUCAAAAGUCCAACGUCAGAGUAUUUCUUAAACAUCAGAAAUGGUCAAUGCACAGAUGUCAGCACGACUUUGCAGAGGCCUGACUUAUUUUUUUGGCACCUUUUUCGAGUUGUUAUGUUUUGCAUUUUUUAUGGAAGAAACCAAAAUCCCAUUGACGGGAGCGAUUCAAGGGGGUGCAUGAUUCUCUCUCUAAGCACAUCAACACUUCAAAACUCACUGUACAUUAUCACAGGGACUUCACCCAAGAGGUCAACAUCCUAACAACAUUAGAAUUAUGUUGUGGCUCUGUAAUCUCCACAGCAGCAACGUUCUGCCAAUGUUACGUUCAUGUUUGGACUCUCUGGGGCUAAAUUUUUGUGUGUAUAUAAGGAUUUGAUGAAUACUUACAUACAAAAUGUACAUAUUUAAUAUUGUAUGUGCUUUCUCUUUUUCAUGUAGUCAUAGACCCAUUGAUAUAUUUUUGAUAUUAAGAAUUAUUGUGGAUCAAUUUUACUCUGUUCUUUAUGAAAACAUAAAAUUGAACCUUUCAAAGCAUUUGUAGACUCUCCAUGCAGUACAUUACUUAACCUCUCAUCGGGUUGUUUGCUUGCACUAUGUUUUUUGAACUCUACUUUUGUUUGUCUCAGCUACAGCCGUUUGUGAUCUUUUCAGACUGACAUCUGUCUCCACCUUCUCAGUCCCUGUUUACUUUCUAUUUGAGUGUCUCUCCAUUGCUGUAAAGUAAACUAUUCGAAAAUAUAAUUCACCACAGUGUUUCUCAUCCUCUCACUUUGUGCUUGUUUAAUAAAGUGUAAAUGUACUUUG